GAACUAGACAUAAAUAAGUAAAGAUUAGUCAUUCAUACCUAAUAAUAAAAAAUGCUGCUUGACAAAAAUAUAAUUAAAAUUUUGUCUUACUUGAGGAAUUAAUUUAAUAAUUUUCUGGGAUGGAAAAAAGUGUGUGUGAGGGGAGGACUGAGGAGUAGAAGAUGAAAUGAAGAUGAUUUUUUGGAGUUGGCGGGUUGUGGUGGUGGUGCUCGGCUCGUUCCGGCAGGAUUUAGUUGCUGUUUGGUAAAAAAUACACACACAGGAAAUCCGAUGCGGAUGUUGACAUACAGCAAGCAUCAUUCUCCUCGAGACCACGGCACAGCGAGCUUGUAGCAAAUCUUGAGCCGGUUUAAAAAUCUUAGAAAUUUUGAAAAAAUGGCAAAUUCAGAUUCAGAGUGGGAAAGCGAAUCAGAAGAUAGUGAGAGUUGCACAUCAAGUUCCGAGUCGCCACCACCAACCAAAAAGCUUCGCUCCACGUCAACAACGAGCAGCAAAGCAGCGAUUUCCGGAACGGAUCAAGAUGAAACGCCACCCCCAAUUACAGUGGAAUACAAGGGGUACACGAGAGCCGUGCCGUUCAAAGACUUUAGUCCUCGAGCAGGACACGUUCCUCUUUAUGGACUCCCUUCAGACAAGAGAGGAAGAACUGCAAAAGCCGUGCUACUCGACUUGAAACGACGUGUGUGCAAAAGAAAUCCGCACAUAAUUCCCUCCGAAAAUGAGGACGAUUCCGGAACGGAUACAGAAAUUCAGUUUGAAGGGAAAAAUAUCCAAUAAAAUCCACCGGAAGAAAGUACUGCGGACAUCGCGUAUAUAAUUCUACUAUUGAUAAACAAGGUCGCACCAAAGCAGGACUACUUGAACGUCUAAUGUCUCAUAAAGCACAAAAUAGUUUGGUAAAGAACCGAAAAGCUAUACCGCCCAAACGUGGAGAAACGGUUAAAAUUGUGGAAGGUACACAUAAAGCAACACUUCGUAUGGACACCGUAAAGACUCGCUCCGGUAAGCCUUUAUUCCGGUUCGGAAAUAGUAAACAAAGACACACCGAAGAUGGGUGGAGAAAAGCCUUACAAAGAUAUAAGAAAAGAAAUGACCAUUUGGUGGAUUUGUAUCGGGAAUGGCGGAAGAAUCCAUCGUGGAAAAUCCCAUCGAUUCUACAACAUAUAAAUCCUUUCAAACUCAACCCCAAAGAGAUCCACCGUAACUUAUCGGAAGCUGUCAAAGACGUCAAAUCAGUGGAAGCCAUGGAGGAGCAGCUAAAACGAAGAAAUAACUAUUAUGAGAGAACCCAGUCACAUCGGCGUCGAAGGUACCUGUAUCAGGUUGUGAUCAUUGACGAAGACCUCAUUCCGGAAAUCCCUCGCAUCCGAGGCGGAUUCUGUCCAGAACUGCUUGACUGGCUUCAGGAACACGAGGAUGACCGCAGAGUCUCCGUUGGACUGUAUACCGGUGUUAAUUCGGAUCGGGCCGAACCCAGUGCAUAUAAUUGGAAUAAACACAUCAGGUCGUCCAUAAGACAUGAAAUGCGUAAAGGAAGACGAGCGUUCGUGCUUCAUGUUCACCAAGAACGAGGAAAUAAGCACGCAACCAAAGCUGCAAUCCGACUGCUGGAGGCCAUCAUAAUUGCUUAUAUAAUGUGGAUCACCCCGCAUCGUCCCGAUUCGAAGACGUCCCAAACUGGAAAAAUGAAAUAUCGAAGCGCAAAUCGACACGCCGAGUUUGAGAUUUUUUUCGAUGCUCCCCGAAAAAUUAAGCGUCACAUCCAUGCAUUGGCCGCCACACGGUCAAUACGCCCCUUUCAUUUCGACGAAAACUGCACUGUUGAUCACUCUCAUCCUGACCAGCCGUAUUCGGGAAUGAUACAUCCGGAUCGGAAUGGAAUUUGGGAAGUAUUCAUCGACAACUUGAAUGAAGACAGUGGAGAGGAAGACCCGAUUUAUUCCGAUUACUCAGGACCAGAAGACACCGAUUCAGAAAUGGCAUCCGGAUCGGAAAGUUUUUAUGAUUUAGAUCUAGAUGAAGACGAAGAUGAAGAAGAUGAAUCAUUGUCCCCGGAAGAGGAGACAUUUUUGCGUGGUUUGCAUUUCCAGAAACAACAGCGAGGUACAAACCAGUGCGGACUAAAUGCAGUCAAUAACUUUCUGCAAAAUCCGUAUAAUUUUUACGAUGAUGAGACCAUGCAAGAUUUUGCCAACGAACUGCAGCACGCAGAAAAUGAUCUACUAAAUACUGCCAAUGUAAGCAUUUACGUUAAUAUAUUCAAUUUAAAUUACUACAUUUACUCGUGUUUGACAUGUACCCUGCAACAAGCCAAUAUGCAUCCGCCAACGGAGACUAUAAUGUCGACGUCCUCGAGCGAGCCCUUGGUUAUGCUGCUUAUCGCGUCUCAAGACAUGGGUCUGACUUUGCCCUUACCACUUCAGUUGGCUUCAUAUACAACGUUCAUUAUCACUGGAUUGCUGUCCGCCGGAUCGGGAACCAGUGGGUCAGAUUUGACGGAUUGAGUAGCCGACCGGAACUUGUAUCCGAAUCGGAUGUAACGCAUUUAGUCGAUAUGCAUGGUGACUCAAUGAUCGUGAUCACGGAAGAAGAAUAAUGCAGAAAAUAACUACUUGAUUUUUACAUUUAUAUACUUGGAUUUAGUAAUUUGUUAAUGAACUUUUAUCAAUAUUGUCUCAAAUAAGACCAAAUACGAAACUUUAUACCAUUAA